AUGGGUCGCGAAGAACAGAUUGAGGAGCGCGAAGUACUUGAUUCGAUUUUCCCCGAUGAAAUCACAGACGUAUCCGACACCUCAUACCGGAUAUCAAUCACAUUGGACACACCCGAGAAUGAUGUGCAAGAGGAGGACGCUGAGCAACCUGUCCUGAUCCUUCAGGUAUCAUACCCGCCAGAAUACCCAGAUGUUGCUCCAGAUCUAGAUAUCUCGGCCCCGCCGAAUGCGCCCAAACACCCCCGCCUCGACAUCCAGGAAGACCGUGAACGACUGCUUGAAGCUCUGCAGCCGACUAUCGAGGAGAAUUUAGGCAUGGCAAUGGUUUUUACUCUGGUCAGUACGCUCAAGGACAGCGCUGAGCUACUCAUGUCAGAGCGUGCGAACGCUGUUCAGGCUGAGAAAGAGAUGGAAGCUGCCAAAGCGGAAGAGGAGGAGAACCGAAAGUUCCAGGGCACGGCUGUGACACCGCAGACUUUCAUGGAGUGGCGGGAGAAAUUCAGGAAAGAAAUGGAGGGGCGGGAGCAGAAGGAGCGAGAAGAGAAAGAGGCGGAGGAAAAGAAAUUCAAAAAGAUAACGGCCAAAGAAGAGAAGAAGCUGACUGGCAGACAAUUAUGGGAGAGAGGUUUGGCCGGGAAAGUUGACUAUGACGAGGAUGAUGAGGAUGCUAUUCCAGCUGCUGUGGAGAAGAUGAAAAUUGCUGCAUAA